UACUUUUGAUUACGAUACAAAUAUAUCAGUUUCGGGGAAAAUAUCGAUGUGAAGAAAUAUUUGAUACAUCUCUAAUUGAAAAUAAAUAACAUUCAGCAAGUAAAUUGCUACUUCAAUUUUGUUUGUGAAUUUAUUUCGAUGAGAAAGCAACCAAGCCAAAACCAGGCAAGCGAAUGGCCAUUCGUUUCAAUUUUACCUAAAUAAAAUCUUACUGCGCCGGCUUUCAAGUAUUUUAAUUGUAAAGCCUGGAGGUCGGAUGCACAAAUGAGUUGCUUUAGUGCGAUGAACGCCCCGCUGCUGGGUGAAAUGGAGCAGACCAUUGGAAUGCUGGAGCGGGGAACUAUCGUGACCAAGUUGUAUGGAAAGCAGAGACGACCAGAUCGCCGCCACCUGAUGCUCAUUCGUGAGACGCAGCAGUUGCUAUGGGCAACAGUAGCCGCACAUUCACCCCGCUCUGAUUAUGAGGGCGCUAUCCAGCUGCGUGAAAUCCGUGAGAUUCGAGUUGGAAAGCACUCAAAAGAAUUUCGCCUAUUCGCCGACGAGUGCCAACGUUUUGAAAGUAGCAAGUGCUUUGUGGUCCUGCACGGAAGCAACUUUAAGCUUAAAAGUUUCUCUGUAGUGGCGUUGUCGAAGGUUGAGGCCGAAAACUGGGUUCGUGGUCUUCGUUACAUGGUUCGUAAUACGUUGGCUGCACCCUACCCAAUGCAAAUCGAAAGGUGGCUGCGACGUGAGUACUACCAGAUCGAAAAUGUUAACUCGCACUCGACAAAAUCGUCGGAUCAGAUUCCCACCCAGGUUACCAUAAAAGACUUUAAACUGUUUUUAGCCAGCGUUAGUUGCAAAAUGAGCACUAGCAAGUUUAUGGACUGCUUUAGCGAAGACGUACGGCGCAAGCAUGACUUAAAAUUUGAUGAUUUCUCCCGUCUUUAUCAGAAGCUACUGCAGCCCAUUAACUUUAUGAACAUCUUAUGCAACAGUACCGGUGUAUUUCCGUACUCGCGGGACCAGCAGACGGUAGGACAAUUAGAAUUAAAAAAAUUCCUGGAAAGGGAGCAGCGCGAAUUCAAUUCCAGCGACACCAGUGCCGCAUCGAUUGCUUCAUUUAUCCGCGACUUAGUCCAGGAUGUGGAGCGAGACGUGCAGGAACCUCAUCUUACAGUCGCCGAGUUCGUAGAUUUUCUCUUCUCCAAACAAAAUGAUAUAUGGGAUAGCCAUUUCGACAAAGUUUUUAUGGACAUGACACUUCCGCUGUCUUCCUACUGGAUCGCUUCCUCGCAUAAUACAUACCUAACAGGCGACCAGUUUUCAAGUGAGUCUUCUUGCGAAGCAUACGCCCGGGCGCUUCGCAUGGGUUGUCGUUGCAUUGAGCUAGACUGCUGGAACGGCCCCGAUAACCUACCAUAUAUUUUCCAUGGCCACACAAUGACCUCAAAAAUAAAGUUCAUGGACGUAAUUAAAACUAUAAAGGAUCACGCAUUUACUACCUCCGAAUAUCCGGUGAUCCUUUCCAUAGAACAAAAUUGUUCUCUAGAGCAGCAGCGCAAUAUGGCGCAGGCGCUUAUCGAGGUUUUGGGGGAUAUGUUGCUCACCCAACCAUGUGAUCGGAACGAGCAGCACUUGCCUUCGCCGUUUCAAUUGCGACACAAAAUAAUCCUAAAGCACAAGAAACUACCGCAGUUUGACGAUAUUGGAAAUGGUAUCACAGGGACCCUAACUCAAAGAUCUUCCCUUGCCGGAGGUUUUGGUGGAGCUGGCGAGAUUGAUAGCGAAAAUGUGCGAAAAGUGUUUAAGGAAGGCUUACUAUACUUUAGGGACCCGGUCGACAAGUCAUGGAAUCUUUACCAGUUUGUUCUAACUCAUCAGGAGUUGAUUUAUUCCUCUGAAAUCAAUGAGUUUCGCAAUGGAAACUCCGAGGAUGAUGAUUUUGGCGUUUCACUUUCCAGCACGUUAAAAAAUAGUAUGCAGCAGAAGCAAAAGGACACACCAGUUAACGAUGAGCUACAUUUUGGAGAAAAUUGGUUCCACGGCAAACUAGAAGGUGGAAGGAAAGAAGCUGAUGACCUUUUAAAAAAAUAUAAGCACCUUGGAGACGGAACAUUUCUAGUACGCGAGUCGGCCACAUUUGUUGGGGAUUAUAGUCUAUCUUUUUGGCGUCGAAACAGGCCGAACCACUGUCGAAUAAAGCUAAAACACGAAAAUGGAACUAUCAAGUAUUACUUAGUGGAAAAUUUCGUAUUUGAUUCAUUAUAUUCACUGAUCGUUUACUACCGAAAGAACAUGUUGCGCAGCUCGGAGUUUUCGAUCAUUCUAAAGGAACCGGUACCACAGCCAAAAAAGCACGAGGAUCAAGAGUGGUUUCACCCUAACACAACUAAGGAGCAGGCCGAGCAGGGCCUGGGCCGCUUAGAAAUAGGUUCAUUUCUUGUCCGACCUUCGGUGCAAAGCGCGAAUGCAUUCGUGAUCUCGUUCACAAUCAAUCGAAAAAUCAAACACUGCCGAAUUUUACAGGAAGGGCGUUUAUAUGGUAUUGACACUAUGAAUUUUGAAUCACUUGUCUCGCUCGUUCAUUAUUACACAAGGAAUCCGCUUUACCGCAAUGUGAAAUUAAGUCAUCCCAUAUCUCAGGAGAAAUUGGGCCAAGUACUGACGGAAGGCGCCCAAUGCGAUCUUGCGGCCACCCGCAACGGCAAUGGAGCCUCUAAUUAUAUGGGCCCCAGCCUAGACGAGUAUGUCACCUGUAAAGCUUUGUAUAGUUACAAGGCGAACAAACCGGAUGAAUUAUCUUUUCCGAAGCACGCCAUUAUAACGAACGUACAGCGGGAUAAUACCAUGUGGUGGGUCGGAGACUACGGUGGUAUGAUAAAGAAGCAUUUACCAGCAAACUACGUUAAGGUUAUUGACUGUACUACGGAAGACUACAACUCUAUGAAUGACGAAGGCACCGAUAGUCGUACUGACUCUAUCGAGAUCUUUGGAGCAGUGGCCUCACUCUUCGAAUCAAAUGAGCCAGGCAUAAUCUUUAAACUGCAGAUACAAACGCCGACCAUGCAAAACCCGUUUGUAAUCGGUUUUGAUGACCAGGAGACAGCCUACGAAUGGAUAAAAGCUAUCCAAGAAGCGGCUCUUGUGGCCAGCCAAUUGGCUACAGAGAGACGCAAAAAAGAACGCACAUCCCGCGUAGCCAAGGAAAUGUCUGACCUUAUCAUAUAUUUUCGUAGUGUCCCGUUCCGGGAACAUUCAUGGAUAUUUCAAGAGAUGUCUAGCUUCUCAGAAACAAAAGCAGAAAAACAGUUCUUUCAAAAUAACCAGCCGCUGUUUCUUUCUUAUCACCGCCACCAGAUUAGUAGAGUGUAUCCGAAAGGCCAACGUUUGGAUUCGUCCAAUUUUAAUCCCAUGCCCUUUUGGAACGUUGGCUCGCAAAUGAUUGCGCUAAACUACCAAACGGGUGAUAAAUCUAUGCAAUUAAAUCAGGCCAAAUUCCGUAACAAUGGUCAAUGCGGUUAUGUUCUGAAGCCAUCGUUCAUGCAAUCUGACUCUUUUAGCCCGAACAAUCCUCAGUGCAAUGGACUUAGUGAGAUCAAAGUUAGCCUUCGCCUAAUAGCGGCACGACACCUAUUUCGAGGAGGCAGGUCGAACAAUCCGCAAAUUGUAGUCGAGGUAGUAGGCGCCAGUUUCGAUUCCGGCGUUAAGUACCGAACUAAAGUUAAUGAGAACGGGUUUAACCCCGUGUGGAACGAAACCUGCGAAUUUAUUGUGCGCAACCCACACUUCGCCAUUCUUCGGUUUGAGGUGCAGGAUGAAGACAUGUUUGCAGAAACUCACUUCAUUGCGCAGGCAUGCUAUCCUCUCACAUGUGUGCGCCAAGGAUAUCGCAGUGUGGUUUUGCGUAACAAGUUCAGCGAGGAGCUGGAGCUUUCUUCCUUAUUGGUCCAUAUUAUCAUUGAAAGUGUCUCAUCUAACUAGUUCCUAAGCUAGGUUAUCUACAUACUUAUGUGUUUGUUUCCCAUUUACUUGGGAAAACAAAAAUUUUGAACGUUAUUUGUUUUACACAUUGCCUUUGUUUACUAAAAAGUUUUCAAUUUCCAAUUUUUUUUUUAAAUUUCAGGCACCAAAAUUUAUAAUUUUAUCUUUAAGUAACAUCAAAAGUACUAGUUAUUCAAUAACACACAUGUGUAUUUAUUAAUGUUAGCAAUAAGGAAACUAAACGUUAUUACCAAAAGAGCCAAACAAAUAUUGCUUAGGUCAUCAUUUUGGUUAUAUUUUGGAUAUUGUCUUACAAUUUUAACUAAACAUAGUCAACCGAUUUAAAUAUACAUUUAAAAACAA